AUGUUCCGUUCCGCUGUUGUCCGCUCUUUGAGGGCCUCCGUUCCUCGUGCCGUUUCCGAUGCCAGCAAGAUCAACGGUGCUUCUCACUUCGCAAACGACCUUGGACUUGACAGCUUGGAUACCGUGGAGGUUGUUAUGGCCAUUGAGGAGGAAUUCAGCAUUGAGAUCCCCGACAAGGAUGCCGAUGCCAUCCACAGUGUUGACAAGGCUGUUGAGUACAUCCUUGCCCAGCCCGAUGCCCACUAAAUUAUGUAAUACGAAGAUCUGAAUGAUUUUGCGGGUUAGAUAGAAAAGAAGGGGAUGGUGGCGUGCAUCUACAUGGGGUCUCAGCGUGGAAACGCUACUUGUAUGCUGAUACAUGCCGGUGUUGUUUCACCCUACUAUAUCGUGUAUAUCAUCUUGAAUGCAGUUUGAUUGAUUACUGUUGGG